CUCGCGCAUGCUGCACUCUUUCUCUCUCUCACUCUUUCCCUCUCCACAGCCAGCCCAGCCUGCCAGCCCAGCCUGCAGCAACCCCCAAUCCCAUCCAUCUCAUCCCCGUCCCACCAGAUUUCUGGCCGUCCUCCGUCCAACACCACCCUCCCCCCCCUUUCGAGGCUCAACUCAAACACCACAUUCUUUUCCUCCCGCUCCCUGAAUCUCCUACACCCACCUCGUCCGAUUUGCAUUUGUCCCCGACUCUCAACCAAAACUACCAAACAUCUCCAUUCCCACCGCAUCGCCAUCUCCGCGCGACCGACCACCCCAGCUCGAAGCUCAGGCACCGCGAGAGGGUCCACAUUUUGACAUCUAGCCAGUCUGAUUCGAUCAGCGCGAUCGUCGUCCGCCGUCGUCGCCUCUCAUAGGGUCCCGUAGGGCUGUGCUGCAUGCAUCGCGACUCAUGUACGGGGAUCCAAGCACUACCGUCGCCUCUUCUGGCGCGUCACUUGCUGGUCUGCAAUCGCAAUCGCAUGCACUUCCCCAGCCCCCACGGUCGCAGUCGCAGUCGCAGUCAAAGCCGCAGCCCCAGUCGCAACCUCAAUCGACCUCCUCGUACCCGCCCGCCGCCCACCCCUUGACCUCUUCGACUCGCACCAGUCCCUUCGCGCCCUCUACCCAGGCGCCAACAUCCACGACCACAUCCUACCCGACCUCCAACGUGAUCGCGCCUCCCGCCUCGUCACCCAUGGCGGCCGCGUACUACCCACCACAGCAGCCUAUCGGCCCACCUUUCUCCUCCGCGUCACAGUCGCACCCUUCGACUUACGCGCAAUCCUUUGACAGAGAUGCGCCCGCGCCCAAUCCCAUCGGAACCCGCCAGCAGAGCCUUGUUGACCAUGCCGUCCUCGUCCAACGCCUGCCUCCCGAUACCACUGAAGAGAACCUGCGGGUCAUGUGCAUAUUUUCCGAGGACCUCGUCUCCGUCGACAUGCUCGCCGCGACGGCCGAGUCUGACGGCCUCUACCGGUCCGCCGUCCUCCGGUUCAAGUCCUUGGAUGGAGCCCACCAAGUUCAGACUAUACUGAACGGAAAGAAGGGAAUGCGUGUUGACCAUCUUGGGAUGCCCCCGUCUUCUGACAGGAACAAGUCUGGCCCAUCUAGCGGGUCGUCUUCAACUACUAGUCCUGGAACUGCCGCGACACAGCCGCGGGGUUUUGACGGUACCUUCUCCCCGCUUGACAAGACCUCGCCGUCGAGCAACGGCAAUUACGUUACGAGCGACUUCGCUACUGCGAAGCCCAGUUACAAUUACAAGACCUUCUUCUCGCCGCAGUCGCCCAUCGGACACCAUCUCAACGAGCUACCUCGCAACACCGGCAAGAGCCUGAUCAACGAUGCGACUGAUGACGACGACACCGGAGACAUACUCUCACUUCCCCGCGCCUUCGCAGAAAAUCCCCCUGUGACGGCCCAGCGCCGGGCGACAGCACCUCAGAUUCAUAUCACGGAGAGAAUGGCAGCCAUGUCCCUCAACAAUGGCCCGAUAAACGGAGCGCCCGCGUCUCAGCGUGGACCGGCACAGACUAGCACCUAUCCGCCACACCCAGGCCACCCGAGCACCAUGUCACCGACGGCCAUGAACGGUGCCAAUGGGCAUUAUCAGCCCGCGCAAGCUCAAUGGGGGAUGCGGCCGCCUGUCCCGCCUCCUGCAAACCCUGCCGACAUGAACCCCCCCUGCAACACGCUCUACGUCGGCAACCUGCCCAUGGGCAGCAAUGAGGACGAGCUCAAGAACAUCUUUUCCAGGCAGCGCGGCUAUAAGCGAUUGUGUUUCCGUGCCAAGGCCAAUGGACCCAUGUGCUUUGUCGAGUUCGACGAUAUCUCCUGUGCGACGAGGGCGCUCAACGAACUGUACGGGGUUCCCCUCACCAACAGUGUAAAGGGCGGUAUCCGGCUGAGCUUCUCCAAGAACCCACUUGGUGUCCGAACCUCUCAGCCCGCUGGACAGGGCCCACCAGGGCCUUUGGCUGGUCACAAUGGCCUCAUGAACCACCCGACAAACGGCUUUGCACCCGCUGGGCCUCCUCCCGGGCUCGCCGCGCCUCCGGGCCUCACCAACGGCCGGUCAGCGGCGCCGUACCAGGCGGCUCCCGUGCAGAACAGUUCAAACCCGAGCUCUUCUUUUCCGCCCUCGACAAUGUCCAACGGCUCGAACGUGCCCAGCAACGGUGGAGGAGCGCCCGGUUUCGGAGUGAACCCGUGGGGCUCCAGCAGCUACUUCGCAACCAACGGGUACACCUCUCCCCCGCCAAUGACUGGUGCCCAGAACGGAACCGGCAACUACAAUGCGUACAGACGCGGGCAAUAUUAGGGGCCAAGAGGGCGGACUGACUGCACUAUAUCCGCGGUCGCCUACUUGCUCAUCUCGUCCUGUCUUGUUGGUGUUUUCACAUUUUAUCUGCGGUUUUUGGAAUGUAUGUUGGUUUUUUGUUUGCGGCUUUUGCAUCGGCUCGGGCUGCACUUUAUUGGAUUGCGCUUUCACCACCGCGCCGUUUCGGUGAUGCACGUCUUCUCGCCACACGACAUGAUUCCCCCCUGCAAUUUAGCAAGCACAACAUGGAAGGAGUUUACAGGGUUUCUUUUCUAAACAUGUCCCUCAGGACGAGUGCUGUGGAAUCCGACCGCAAGUCUCACGAACAUGAUGAACGACUAGAAGGGUCUCUGGCUCCUGGGCUUUCAUCGAGACAUUUGGUGUUGUGCGGUCUGGCGCAUCUGGAGAAAGGGGAGGUGGGGGUGAUCACGACACCACGUCGCCCCAGCAGCGUUGUACCAGUGCCAUGUAUCACGUGGCCAAGUCUCUUUGUGGCUCCGGUGAGGAUGCAUUUUCAUAGAGCAGGGUAUGGAGUUCAUUUUUCGGGUUCCGCAUUAUGGGAUGGUUUGGUGCACAACACACCGUACGCAUACGCUCACGCGUUUCCGUACGCGCAAGCACGAAGCUGCGGGUUCGAUUCGAAUCCUUGAGGCAUGGCGAAUACCCCAGAUGGGCAACAAGGCUCAUCGGUGUGAGGGACGCCACGACGGAGGGAACACCUGCACGAUAAAAGGAAGCGAAAAGCAUUCUAAAUACCAUUGGCAUCAUCAUCAUCACAUCGUCAUUCGUUCGUUCUUUGGUCAAAAGCAAGGAAAAGGGCCGAGGGAGGUUGAGUUUAUCAACUUAUCAAAAUCUCUCAUCAUUGCUCGGCGCGGAAGGGAAAACGCAUCUUGCAACGAAGCAACCACUGCUGAAACAUCUACCGCGGCGCCACAAGCCGCGGAGUCCAGGCCUCGCAGAUACCCGGGGCCAUGCCACAGCGGAUUAUACCAACAUUUUACUAUACCCCUUUUUCCUCUUCGAUUCUUCCCGGCCGGUUCGAGACCCUUCCAGACGGGGGUCUUCCGCUGUGUCGGCAGCCAGUUCUGUGCACAUCCGAUAUCUACACGCAUUUCUCAGGCGCUAUAAUACAACGACGACUUGGUUCGAGAGCAGAGCCGCGGCAAGCCUUUGCAGGAUGGAGGCAAGAUUCGGUGGAAGGGCUCGGCAAUGUUUGGGCCACCAAAGUUCUGUCGGGGUGACGAGGAGAGCGGCGACGGGAGCCAAUCGCUGGCUUUCUUAUUGAUUAUUUCUUUCAACUUUCCACGGCGUGGAUCUCUCUCCCCAUCGUUCAGAUGACCCAACACCUUACCGCAUUCCCCUCCUUCCCGAAAUUAUCAACAGAGGAAGAGCCAUCUAAGAUCAGGUGUAGCGAAAGGGGUGCUUCUUCUUUCUCUGUCUUUUUUUUUUUACCUAUCUUUCAUCAAAGACGGGUCGGGGAGCAUCGAAGGAACUUCAAACGGUGAAGCCUUACCAGCGUGGGAUGUUAACAUUGGGCGGUUGGCCUCUCGUGUUUCCAGUCUUUUAUUCUUGGGUGUUCGUCAUGUAAUCUGGUUGAGAGCAAGAUGGAGGAUGGAUGACUGGUUCUGGGUAUCGGGGCCGGCCUCCCAGGGGUCAAAAGGCAUGAAGGGUGACAAUCAACAACUCCUCCUCGUGCUGUCGCCGGAAAAUCCUCGGUCUGGAUACCUGUAUUCGACAGCUGCCAACCUCCAGAGAGCGAAUCAACCAAGCAGCAGCCCGGCUUUUGUUGCCUUGCGCCUGUCUGUCUUGUUCAAACACACACACGCACGCAUGCACGCACGCGCGAACGUACGCACACACAAACAAACACACUCCUCUACUUGUGUAGUUCGAAAAAACCUAUAGCUUUACUCUUAUUUCCUUUUUUCUUCUUCUAUAGACGGGGCGGGAGGGCUUUGUGUUUGUCUUUUUUUAUAUUCAUGUUUCCUUCUGUUCUCGACCGUCCGUCUUGAGCGCGAGUAGAGCAAUGGAAUUGAAAUAUUCCGCUUGGUUCCGUUUACACACAUACGGGAGACGUCUCCUGGUGCUACAUGCUGUGCUCUUGUGACUGUGAAUGGGUGUGUAUGAGUUGAAUGAGUGUGUAUGAGUGUGUAUGAGGAUGUAUGAGUGAGUAUGAGCGUGACUGAGUAAGUACCUAGGUAUGUGUGUAUGAUAUGGCUUGGAACCCUCCACUACUGACUAAUAUGGUGUCUGCGGUCAAACACAUGACUGAGAAGGUGAAAACCGGUGGCCACCCGGGGCAAGACACCCGCCCGAGAAACCAGUUAGUAUGGGGACAGGCAAAUAUCAAAGCUCCUGCGGAGGAUUUCGAAAACACCCCCAACGGGACCCAUGGCGUGUACCCCAAGUAGCAUCGGCGGAAGCACAGACAUUGUAUCCGCGCGGGAAUUAUUUGCAUCAUCCGUCCCGUAUGGGACCUGGGUAGUAUGCUGUGAUGUGGGGCCGGCCUGCUGACUGACUUACUGAC